ACAUGUGCUGCUGCUGCGUGUUGGAGCCAUAUGAAGCUCCUAUUGCCGCGACAAGAAUCCACCCCAAUCGAGAACAAAGUGUUUGAUUUCCAGAUAGAGCAGCAGUUACCGAACUGCGGAAGGAGAGAACAGAAGAACACUGGCUACUAUCAACGGACAUUGGGACUCGCCGCAACCUUGCGCUUUUUUGGGUGUACUGCCCCUCUUGAGCAAUGGCAUCUCUAGAUCGAUCAAAGGGAGCGUGUGAGGAUGGGGUCGCCUUUUUUAUUACCAUGUAUUAUCAGUAGAUUAGAUGUAUCAUACAGUGAUACUAGAGUAUUCCAUAGCUUCAGAUGUGAGUGCAUGGAGACACAUAGGCAGACAAGGUUGGGAAUGUGAAAGAAGCAGCGCUCUCCGUGUAUACGCGUGAUCCUACAGAUUGCACAGAAAAAAAGCACAAUAUUUCCCAUGCAUGUUUUUUGUUAGUAGACUUCGUAACACAUGGAUCAAAUAUUGAUUAAUCAUCAGCUGCUAAUGAACACACCAUAAAUUAGCAGUGUUCUUGAACAAAGCUGAUGCAUCUUAAAGGAGACGCGCGUGCUUUGACAACAUCACCACCUCAAAUGGAUGGAGUUAUCGUCUGAUCCUGGCCACAGAAAUCGCCCAACUUCAAGCGCCACGUAGGUUGAGGCUCUGAGCAAUGGAAUCUCUAUUCGGUGGUGAGCUGAGGCUACUGGGAGGUGGCGAGGGCUUGAAGGAGGACAGCUGUGGUGACGUGGGCUGGUCCUCCUCAACCCUCCCUGAUGAUAUGUACUCCGUCUCCCACUUCGCCCUCAUCACUGCCUACCAGGACAUCAAGACACGGCUCGCGGGCCUGGAGAGAGAGAACAGUGGCAUCAAGAGGAAGCUCAAGAUCUACGAGAUCAAGUUCCCUAUGAUCAGUGAGUUUGGGGAGGACAGGAACUCCUACUGCAGCUUUGAGUCCAAGGAGACAAGUCUACUGCGGUCAGAGAACGGCAACCUGCAGCAGAAAGUCAGCACCCUCACCCACGAGCUCCAGAAGAGGAAAGAGCUCCAGGAGCAGCUGGAGGAUGUGAUCCAGGCCUAUGAGAAGAUCCACAUGGAGAAGAACAACCUCCAGAGAGACCUGGACAAAAUGACCAGUCUAGUGGAGAAGCACGCGGAGCAUAUCGUGGAUCUGGAGUCUGCUCUGAGACAGAGAGACAACUCACUACAGAAGCUCAACACCCAGCUACACAGCAAGGACAUCCAAUACCUGCAGCUACAUAGCCCAGACAAUCACAUGCUGGACUGUCCUGCGCUGACCCUGCAGAGCUCUCGUAGUCUAGACACUUUGUCAGACCUGAAGCUGCAGCGUCUGGAGGUGGAGCUAGAGAGGGCGCGGCAUGAGGCCGAGCGGGCGUGUCAGAGGGAAGAGGAAGUGAAGGCCGAGUGUGAGAGACUGCAGGAGGAGCUGAGACAGAUCCAGAACAACCACAUAGGGAGGGAAAUGACUUCGCCGUGUGAGCAGUGUGAUGUGGAGUGGAUAAAGAAGGUGGGAGAUGAGCAGGUGAAUUUGGCGUUAGCCUACACAGAGCUAACUGAGGAGUUGGGACGUCUCCAAGCACUGAGCUCCAAACAAAAAGAGAUCUUGAGGAUGGUCUCUCAGGAGCAGCAUAGCCCAGUCCAACGCCACUCCCACCCCCCUUCUCCCAUCCCUCACCCACGCCACUCCCCCGUGCCCCAGCGACACUCCCCCAUCCCCCAACGCCACUCCCCCGUCCCUCCUCAGCACCACUCCCCCAUUGCCCAGUGCCGCUCCCCGGUGCUCCAGCUGCAGCAUCUCUCCCCGGACAUGCACCGCCGCUCGCCCCUGCUGGACGUCAACGAUGGGCCUGCCUCCUACUCCUGCCGGCCAGCCAGCCACCACCUGAGGGCCAGCUUCCAGGGCCGACGGAGCUACUCCGAGGUGGCCGACCCCUCGGCCUACCAGCGGCCACCGCGCUUCAGCCUGGACCCCGUGUCCACACUGCCCAAGCCCCGGCCCUACAGGGACUCCGGCUACUCAAAGCAGCAUCAGCAGCAUGAGCAUGGAGGCUCCCAGCAUGGAGGGUCACCCCACAGAGGAGGCCAGCUCCGAGCUUCCCAGUCUGGGCUAGAGAGGGCAGGGAGUGAGGUGGGCCUCCACGAAAGUUCCUGCCACUCUCGAGAGCUGCCCUUCCCCCUGUCCGAGGUCUCUCCCAGGUCUCACCUGCACUUUGAGCCCUUGCCACCCCCCACGCCCGCCCCCCAGCUUCCGCAGUCCUCUGAAGACGAGGAAGAGUGGAUCUGUCCGCACCCCAUCAGCCCCCCACGGACGCUGGGCGUGCCCAACAAUGUGUCAGCUCAUGGGGUCAUGAAGGGGCCAGCGUCCUGCUCGGCUUUCCCCAUCCCAUCCAGACCCAACACUCUGACCUGCCACCCACCAGGCUACCUGCACACAGAGCAUGCCCAGUCCUGGCCCUCCAUCAAUCUGUGGAUGGAGACAGAAGAGAGUGACAUGAGAAGCUGCCCUCUAUGCCAGCUGAUCUUUCCCAUGGGUUACCCUGACGACGCCCUAAUCAAGCACAUCGACUCGCACCUGGAGAACAGCAAGAUCUGAUCGCCACGGCAACACUGCACCCUCUUUUUAGUUGCAACAAUUCUUUACUUACAUUGUGGAGUAUUUUAGGUUUGGUUUUGUUUUAUAGCUGGGUGCCUUUUGUUUGACAAGACAAGAGGGCUUAUUGUGUGUUUAGUAGUCCAUGUAUGGGAAAAGGUUUAGGGAAUGACAAGGAUGGCUUCGAGGUUCAUGACAGACAAUGUCCUGAGGGUUCCAGGCCACUUGCAGUCCAUUUGUUUUUAUAUCUUACACCUUACCACUACUACUUGCUGUAAAGUGGCCUGCUUUAGUUUGACUCUCUACCCAUGUACAGUAUAAGGCUUGUGAAAUACAGACCAACUACAAUUAAUUCCUGGAAUUAUCUGGGGGGCCAGAUGGAUAAAUUCAGUUUGUUUGUUCUUCAGGGCUUGACAAUGUGCGGUCAGAGGUCAGAGUUAUGAAGAGAGGAUGGCAGUGUUGUGACUGAUUGUAUGUAGGGAAGAAUUUGUCCUGCAGGGUGGGGCAUGUAGUUGCUAUGACAACCUUGCUGUGGUGAAACGCAUAGGCAGAUUAUCUGUAUUAUCUUGCUGCCUGAUCAGAAAUCCAUAUAAAUCUGAGCACAUUAAGUUAACCUACACUAUAUAAGCCUAUAGUCCCCCUAUAUUAUUUAUUUAACCCCCUAGAGUUGAUGUCUGCGCCCCACGGACAUUUAAUUGGCAUAAUACAAAAAUCCCCAUAUAAAAAUCUAUCAAUUUUAGCUAGAGAUCUGUUUUUGCAUGGGAUGUGUCUCAACGGCAUCAGCCAAUGCCACACGUUUGCAUCUGAGGUGAAAGGUGACAGAGCUCGAGGAGUGGUCUUCUCACAAAAUCGUCUGUAGCAUCUGAACUAUUUUGCUCUACGACCCCCACAAGCGUCUUGGGACUGGUCUGAAGUCGGUUCAGCCGAUCUGCCGACUUCUGUCUGUAGCGUCCGAACAGUUUGGGAUACACGCUAAUAUGACCCCUCUGUGGAAAGGUGAGACUCUCACGAACAUGUCGGUUGAAGUUCUCCCUGUACCAGUUGGAAAAAAAUGGAAGUACUGUAUAUCUGGAGACUGUUUAGUGCCAAAAAUAAGGGGUUAAAUACAUGUUUAAAAAAAUAAAAAAAAAUGUUUCCUGAUAUUUUUCUUAUAUCUUUCAGAUAUAGGACAGACACUUUAGAACAAACUUCCUUUCUGUUGUUCCAUGUAGUGAAUAUGUUAUUCAAUACGUUGGUAUGGGCUAAUAGCAGUAAGGCCAAACAUUUUUUAGCACAAAAUUAUUUUGUAAUAUUUUUGGGGAUACAUCAAGGGGUUUGAAAGUUCAAAAUCAAAUAGCAAAAAUACCCUUGGUAUGACCUUCUUAAAACAAUUACAUAUAGCUUAGUAGAACCCCACCCCACCUCCCCGGCUUAGACAGGGCUUGUAAUGGGUUAAAGGGCCAUUUCCACCACUUUUUAACCUAAUUGUCAUUAUCUCCAGCACAAUACCAGUGUCUACAUAUGUGAAAAUGGUGCAUUUCUAUGCUUUGUAGAAAUAAAUAUAACAUUUAAAAGUUCUCCCAGAUGACAUCAUCAAAAGUUCCAACAUUUAAAAAGAAGUGACACAAACACUAUGAGAUGCACAGUGAAGUGAGGAGUUAGAAAAUGCCCUCUUUUUUUAUGCUACCCUGUGAUGUCACAGUGAAGCAUUGUUUGGACCUUUGCUCUUAUCUUUUUAACCACAUUUCAUAGAAACACGCUGUUUUCACAUAUGCAGACACUGGUUUGGUGCUGGAGAUAAUGAAUAUGUAUCAUUUGUAUCAUUUGAUAUAUAAUGUAUCAUUUGAUAUAUCUGUAAGUAAUGAGGCAAAAAAAAUCUGUAAAAAGAAAUCUUUGUGCUGAACAUGUCUUAUGUUGGUGAAAUUUCCCCCUCCUAAGCUUGCACAAUACUGUAUAUAGCUAGUGGGACAGGAGUUUGUAUAUGGAAGAGGGAAUGGAAUAUAUUUGUAUAUGAUAACAAUGAUUCAACUGGGAGUCUCUUUAGUCUUCCUGCAAACACAUCUGAUAAAGUCUGAUAAAGUCUGAAGCUGGCACACUUUGCAUUUUAUAUCUAAUAUAUAUACAUGUCAAAUAUAACCCCAAAAAAUCAGAGUGAGUGUUGUAUGGAAUAACACACAUGGAAUCAUGUAGUAUCCCAAAAAAAGAAGUGUUAAAUAAAUCAAAAUAUAUUUUAGAUUUUAGAUUCUUCAAAGUAGCCACCCUUUGACUUGACAGCUUUGCACAGUCUUGGCAUGGCUACUUUGAAGAAUCUCAAAUCUCAAAUAUAUUUUGAUUGGUAUAACACUUUUUUGGUUACAACAUGAUUCCAUAUGUGUUAUUUCAUAGUUGUGAUGUCUUCACUAUUAUUCUACAAUGUAGAAAAUAGUAAAAAUAAAAACUCUUGAAUGAGUAGGUGUGUCCAAACUUUUGAAUGGUUCUGUAUGUAUGUGUAUGGCUCUGGUUACUAUAUGUCCUAAAACCUAGUACAAAGAGGUGGGGAAAUUAAAUUCCAAUCAAAUCAGCUCUGAAAAAGAUCUGAUAUUAAAAGAUCUGAUGUCAUUGGUCAAAAGACCAAUUAGUGGACAAAAUAUCAGAAUUGGGCUGCCUGUGUAAAUGCAGCUUCUGAGAAUUUACUGAUGUAUAUUCCUAUGAUUCUAUGUAAAAACAAAAUAACGACGCAUUUUUAAAUCCACACAUUCCCGCCCACUUCCACACCUGGUAGUACAGUACAUCUAUAUUCUAAUUUGAAACUAACAACGAUAUCACAAUAUGUGAUUGGGCAGUUAGAUUAAUAGUAUUAAUUACUUCCAUGCCCACACAGACAACAUUAGCUAUCAUUGACUGUGUACAGAAUUCUAUGUUAGAUUGUAUACCUUUUGAUUACUUUGACUGAAGGAACAGUCACUACUCUUUUAUAAGCACAUUUUGAUGUGCUACAGCCUGAAUUCAAAAUGUAUUUUGAAAAUCUAUGACGAAGUGAAAACAUGUUUUUAGAAAUGUUUACAAUUUUAUUGAAAAUGAAGAACAGAAAUAUCUCAUUUACAAGUAUUCACACCCUUUUGUUAUGACACUCCAAAUUGAGCUCAGCUGCAUCCAAUUUCCAAUCGUCGCUACAACUUGAUUGGAGUCCACCUGUGGCCAAUUCAUUGUUUUGGACAUGAUUUAGAAUGAAACACAACUAUGUAUAUAAGGUCCGACAGUUGACAGUGCAGGUCAAUUUUUUUGUUGCUAGGGAUGGCUCGAGUUUGAAGUGGAGCGAGUACAGGGCUUAGCAUGACUCUCGAGAAGGCUAAAAAUAGAUUUUGGCUUGGAAAAGUUGAAUAUUUUCAGAAGGAGUCGGGUAAUUAGUUAAGGGAGGAAGAUUGCAGGGAAAGAGAGAGGAGGUUGAAAGACUGAGGGAGGCAGAGGAUAGGUUUGAAUCUGUUGAAGCUAGCAAUAACAAGGGAGAGGGUAUGUCGAGAAAGAUUGGUGUCAAGAUCAAUUGGAGUGAGCCGGACGUCAGUUCGAGUUCUGGAGGUGUAAUGGAAGGGGUAGAAGGUGUCGGGUGGAGCUCGGAGCCUGAGCUUUGCAUUGAUGGACAUGGUUAUGGCAAAGAUACGUUUGGUCCAGUGCGAGUGAGAUUUUUGAAGAGGGUGGAACCAGGGCUUUUUUGUUGAUCAACUUGAGGAAAGACCUGUAUCUUGCUUUGCGCUUAGGUAGUGUUGGGCAGUGUUGAAGGGAGUGAUUCCUGGGGUAGCGUUAAGUAUGGAGCUGGAGCAAUUUAAGUUGAAGAUUCCUGGUGUUUGUGACGCUCGCCGUUUUGUGUGACGCAGAUCAAGAAGGACCUUGGGAGUUGACCAGGGAUGGCAGGUGACCAAGAACCAAAUGACCUCUGACAGAACUACAGAGUUCAUUGGCUGAGAUGGGAGAACCUGCCAGAAGGAACAGUCUCUACAGCACUUUACCAAUCUGGGCUAUAUGGGAGAGUGGACAGACGGAAGCCACUCCUGAGAAAAAGGCACAUGACCGCACACUUGGAGUUUGCAAAAAAGGCACAUGAAAGACUCUGAGAGCAUAAGGCAAAAGAUUCUGUGGUCUGGUGAGACAGAAAUGUAACUAUUUGGCCUGAAUGCAUGAAGCUCAUCACCCGUCUAACACCAUCCCUACCAUGAAGCAGGUGGUGGCAGCAUCAUGCUAUGGAGAUGCUUUUCAGUGGCAGAGACUGGUAAGGAUAGAGGUGAAUACAGGCAAAUCCUUGAUGAGCAUCUGCUUCAGAGUUCUAACGACCUUAGACUUGGGGCGAAGAUUUAUGUUCCAAUAGGACAAUGACCCCAAGCAUAAUACAGCCAAAGCAACGCUGUAAUGGCUUCAGGACAAGAAUGUUCGUCCUUCAGUGGCCCCAGCCAAAGCCCAGUCUUGAAUUCCAUUGAAAAUCUGUGGAAAGACUUCGCCACCGCUCCCCAUCUAACUUAACAGAACUUGAGAAAAUCUGCAAGGAAGAAUGGGAGAAAAUCCCCAAAUCCAGAUGUGUAAAGCUGACACAGACACACCCAAGAAGACUCAAAGCUGUAAUCACCACCAAAGGUGUUUCUACAAAGUAUUGACUCAGGGGUGUGAAUACUUGUGUAAAUUAGAUUUCUGUAUUUCAUUCUUAAUACAUUUGAGAGAAGAAAUUAUUAACAUGUUUUCACUUUGUCAUUAUGGGGUAUUGUGUGUAGAUGGGUGAGAGAGAAAUAAAUAUUUAAUCCGUUUUGAAUUCAGGCUGCAACACAACAAAAUGUAUGAAUACUUUCUGAAGGCUCUGUACAGUAUGUCUACAGCAUACACAUGCUUAUCUCUCUUGAUGAUGACUAAGUACCAACUAAUCAUAUCAUGCUCACAGAUAUGAAUGGAGAGAUGAUACAUACAGUAGACAUGAAUAGAUAGAUUAUACUGUUCUAACGAACACAUUCAUGACCAAAAUAUGUUGACCAGCAGCUGUAGUACAUAGCAAACAUGCCUAUCAGCUCACAAUGUUAAGCAGUGAAAUGUAUAUACAGUAUGUUGUCAUUUCAAUGGCCACAUAUACACAGACACUUCUUUGGAAUAGGAGUCCGACACUCAAGCCACUAUUCACAAAGAGUUAACUCGGGAGAUACAGUAUGUAAAGAUUUCCUCUUUCACUUUUCUUUUUCCUCAAAUCCUCCAUCAAGAAUCAAAUCAGAUCGAGCACUGGCGUUGACAGUCUAAAAACAAUCUUCAAUCCCUCAGCCUGUGAUUUCUAGCUUUGAGACUGAUCUGAUGAUAACAGAAAACCCUCGUCUGGAAAGACUCCGGGGACAAAGCUUUGUGAAUAUGGCUCCCCUUUGGGGCCUCUCUGUGGCUCUGGGGACCACAUGACGACUGACUGAUAAGAACUCAUCAGAUCUGUCUAACAAGCUAAAGGGCCGCCAACGAGGAAGAAUAAUCAUUAUUUUGUGAGUACACUGCUGUCUUUCAAGAACUUUCAACAAUGUGUGAAAAAUUAUAAGAACAAGAGAUGCAUAAGUAAGUAUGUAAAUAUUCUGAUGAAUAAACUGUAACUUGCACUGAAAUUACUCUUGGAAUUGGUUGGUUUCACAGCAGCCUGGUAAAGCUUAGCAAUGACUGGCCUGGAUAACUGUUUAUCUCUGAAUAUUCACCACAGUGGAGAUAAAAUAUUAGAGAUACAGAAUAAAUAUGUAGAGAUACACAAUGAAUGCUAUUUAGU